AUGGAGAAGUUCAAGGCCCUGCUGGACCUGCAGAUCAAGCACCGCAGCGCCCUGGGCUAUGGCCUGGUGACCCUGCUGACGGCUGGUGGGGAGAAGAUCUUCUCCACAGUGGUGUUCCAGGGUCCCUGCACUGCCACCUGGAACCUGACCUACGGCCUGGUGUUCCUGCUGGUGCCUGCUUUAGCGCUUUUCCUCCUGGGCUAUGCGCUGAGGGCACGCACAUGGCGUCUGCUCACCGGCUGCUGCUCCCGGAGUGCAAGCACGGGAUCCAGUUCGGAGUUGCGCAGCGCACUCGUAUGCGCGCAGCUCAGCGCGGUCGCAGCGCUCGCUCCCCUCACCUAGGUGGCCGUGGCGCUACUUGGGGGCUCCUUCUAUCAAUGUGCUGUCAGCGGGAGCACACGCUUGGCGUCAUAUUUGUGCAAGGACCGCAACCACAGCUGCAUUGCCAAGCUACCUCAGGUUCCCUGCAACAAGCAGGAGGCGGAGAUGCAGGAGAUCCUGAGUCAGCUCAAGGCCCAGUCUCAGGUGCUCGGUUGGUUUCUGAUAGCUGCCGUCAUCUUCUUACUUCUGGUUUUUAAGUGUGUGUCCCGAUGCUUCUCUCCGGUUAGUUAUCUGCAGUUAAAAUUCUGGGAAAUCUACUUGGAAAAGGAGAAGCAGAUCCUUCAAAGUCAAGCUGCAGAACACGCGACCCAGUUGGCAAAAGAGAAUAUUAGAAGUUUCUUUGAGUGCUCAAAGCCGAAGGAAUGCAACACCCCAAGCAGAAAAGACUGGCAGCAAAUCUCAGCAUUGUAUACAUUCAAUUCCAAGAACCAGUUCUACAGCAUGCUGCACAAGUAUGUUAGCAGAAAAGAGGUGAGCAACAGUCUCCACUCUGUGGAAGGAGAUGUUGUGGUCCCUGUCCUUGGCUUUGUAGAUGAUGCUGCCAUGGCCAACACUCACGGAGUGUGAUCUUGCACAAGAACAGAAAAAGUUUUUGAAUUGUUGCUUUUAUAUAAAAAAAUAAACAUAGUUAUCCUUUA